AUGCUGGAAGAAGAAACUUUGUCCGCCUCUUUCUUUGAGUCUUCUAAAUUUCAGGCUUCUGUUUCGGCAAGCCCUGAAGUCCCAGAAGUCAGUCAGUCUGCUUCAUUUACCACAGAUUCCUUAAACAACAUUAACCCAUGGGAUCCUCCUCAGCCUGAUAUUUCAACUAUUUUGGGUGAGUUUGUUUUAUUUGUAAUCGAUAAGUUUAAGCUAGUUUAUAAUAAUGCUUUUAUGCAAGCGGCACCAGUCGGAGGGUCAAUUUCUAUUUCUGCCUUGAGUAAAAUUUUAAGCAUUAGUGGACUGCCUCACGCGACGAUUGAAAAAAUUAUAAACUUGGCUGCUGCGGCAAAUAGCGCUCGUGUAAAUCGCGGAGAAUUUAACGUAGCUCUCGCAUUAGUGGCGUUGGCACAAAAGAAUAUGGAUCUUCCGGAACCAAUUUUGACAAAUUUAGAAAGCCUUAAUUUCAAUCGAGAUUUAAAUUCCUUUUCUGCUUCGCGUCCUCCACCAAUGCCUCUACAAGCCGAUGAUCCGUGGGCUAUGCCUACAGCAAAUAUGUCAAAUCCUACAUAUCCUCAACAGACAAAUUUUCCUAUAAACAACAGCAUUAAUGCUCCUGAAAUUAUUACCACGUUGCCUAGCGAAGACGAAUUCCAAUGGUUUUUUGAUAUGGACCAUAUUACAGUAAAUAUCGCUCCAGAAAGAGACGGUUUUCUAUUUAAACAUGUCAAAUAUAUUAUCGAAUCACGGCGACAUCAAGCGAAAGUUACAAGAAGAUAUAGUGAUUUUUGGUGGCUAAUGGAAUGCUUAGUAAAGAAAUAUCCUUAUCGUAUCUUACCUGAUCUUCCACCAAAAAAGAUUGGAGUUAACGGAUUUUAUUUCACAGUCGAUGAAUCUUUUCUGGAAAAACGACGGAAAGGAUUAGCACGCUUCUUGAACUUCAUUUCGAGGCAUCCAAUAUUAAAAGAUGACCAAUUGGUAGAAAUGUUUCUCAAAGAACAAAUAGAAAUAGCAGUGUGGCGUAGAACAAAUUCACCGGAUCUGGAAGAAGAAUACCUUAAAAGAAAGGUUACACCUGAAAUGGAACGGCGUAUACCCGCAGAUUUAGAUAAAAGGUUAGAAAAAGUUGUGACAAAAUUAGAUGAUACUGUUGAACAUUACAGAAAUAU